GUGUUCGCAAGUGUUUUCGGUGUACGUCGCGUUCCCAACGACACCGUGAGUCUGCGUGCGCGUCACAAACAUAUUCACAUACAUACUACAUAUAAACAAAAUAAUUUUAAUUAAUUGAUUUUUUAUUGUUGCUGUGUGUUUUUCUUUUUUUUUCAAUCUUAACGCUCUUUAACAUUUUCGAAGUUUUAUGCGUUCGUGUGAUUAGCGCUCGAGCCGCGAUCGCCACGAAUCAGAACGUGAGAGCGUUGCGUUGGCUGAUUAGCAUAUUGCUUGGCUUCAGCAGGCGGAGACAAUCGAACAGCGAUGAAAUUAGUAAUUAUCUGCCAACUACCGGGAAUCGCUUUAGACUUUCCAUUAAUCAGCGUUGAGAUUUUAUGCCGAAUCGGUUAAAUAAACGCUUCUGGUGGUGUAAAUUGACUUUCAAGCUCUACAAAUCGUAAAGGUCAGGUGAAAUGUACAUAUUUGUUGAGCGAGUGAGGGAAAGCAGUUGCAGUAAUUCUUGAAAGUGUUAACACACACACACCAACACAAACACAUACAACUGGAGUGAAAAACAUAUGUACGGACAAUUGCUUUGGGCUUCAUAGCUCAGUGCGCGGUAAUGAGCUGAGUUAAUUAGUAGCUUACAUAUAAAAUUCAUACCUGAACACCAACACUCACACAGGCACACACAUAUGAAUUAAUAGCUGAGAGAAGAAGAAGAGACAAAUAAUAUACGGAGUUUAAUGAGAAACUGACAAAACGGGCCGAUACGAGUCGAUACAGUCGCGACAUUAUGGAAGUGUAUGACGACAGGCCGGUGAGUGUCUACGACAAUUUGAAAACGACGCCGAACAGCAUACACACAAGCACACCGAAAGCCGUGAAGAGAGGCAACAACACAGUGCCGUCACCAGCCGCAUCGCCAUUGCCAACACGCAGAGCAACAGCAGCAGCAGCAGCAACAACAACGGGCGGAACCACCGCAGCGAAUAGAGCAACUAGCUCACCCAUUUACGCCGAUAUUGCAUUCAAGUUUAAUGACAACAACCAACAACUAACAAAUCAGCAGUCACAACAACCACACCAACGGCAGCAGCAACAACAACAACAAACGCUUCCGCGCUUGACUCAGCAAUACGUGCAGCAGUCGGCCGCACUACCGGUGGCGUCAAACUUCACUGACCAAGCACCAACAACAACAGCAACAACACAAAAUUUUGCAACGAACACAACGCUGCCAACACAGAAUAGCAACAACAGCACUAACAACUACACUAACAGCAGUAAUCAGCGGUUAAUACAAGCGAACGCGUCGAUUACAUUGCCAGCCCCGACUCCGGCGCCCGCUUCUGCACUAGCUGCCGCUCCAGCGCCAAUCAAAGCUAUUGCCACAGCAACGCCAGCAGCCAUGUCAACAACGACAGCGGCGUCUACGGUGGCAGCGCCUAGGAAUGCAAGUCCGGCACAGCGGCCGCUUAGUCAACACUCGCAAUCGGAACUAUACGAAGCCAGUCAGAGUAUAGCUGCGGUGAAAGCCGCAUUAAAUGAUGCUAAAUCGAAAUUUUUCGGCUUAAACGGUUACGCUCAAGAUCAUCCACACAACAACACGUACAGUGCUAAUGAAUCUCGGCCGCUGCAGCAAAGAGCCGCCGCCGCGCCACGCCUACUCAUCGACAAUCAAUAUCCAAAAGUACAAAUCGUGACAACAGCCCCCACACCGCCGCCAAAGAGUCAACCCAAGUAUCAGAAUAUACCGGAGAAUAGCGCCAUAUUCCGCAAUAACGUCGAGACGCCACCCGAGUUGCCGCCGAAGCCACCAGUGGACGCUGUGGCGGUGCCGUCCAGAAUGGCUGCCACAACUCUGCCCACACAAACCGAUGGCGCCGUGUCUACAACACCCAACUCAGCUGCGUUCUCAACUAGCUCAAGGCAAUCGAACACGCCGUCGCCAUCGCCAUCAGCACCAUCAGAUGCGGCCAAGGUAUCGUUGUCAUCGUCACAUGCAGCCUACAAGCAAAUACCGCUAAAUGAUAUUGACACUACGCAGCCAUCACAAGCCGUCUACAUGUCCACCACUGUACCGCAGAAUAUAAAAGGUAGUAAAAUCGCCGGCCGACAUACUCCAACAAGAAAUAGUUUAAGGCACAGUCGCAUGCUAGUUGUAAAUAAUAAAACAUAUCCAGCCACUCAGUAUCCGAAUCCAAUGAGUUUUAAAUAUCCGAAUCUUGCCCGCUGGUUGCUCAUACUGGAGAUAAUAGUUGGUCUACUAAUAUCAUUCCUAGCAAUUUGGAUAUUCUGUUUGGCACCCAAUACGGCCAUACAAUAUAAUCCAUAUUGGAGCGGUUUAGUGCUCCUGCUCGCUGGCAUUCUUGGACUUGUGCUUGUACGCUAUCAGCGUAUUAAACGUCACAAAGUACGCGAGAAUUGUUUCAAAUUUUUACGCGCCGACUCAUACUUGCUGGCACUCCUCGCCGUCCUGCUGUGCUGUGUGGCGGUCUUCUGCGCCGCCCUGCACUAUGCGCGCCUCUGCGCCGACGACACACACUGUGCGCCGACAAAUAUUUUGCUGGAGCAUGGUUCCUGCACGUGCAUCUUCAACGCGAACGAAGACGAGUUGACGGCGCCGACGAAUAGCAGUGCGGCACAAGUGGCGAACGGACUGUUGGACGAAGAAGUGGUGCCGGAGCAUUACAAUGAUCAAAGCUACAAAGUGGAGUAUCGGGACUUGAGCUGCAAGGAGCUGCGCGGCGAGUGGAUAACCAUACUGAUUCUAUCGAUGGCGCUUAACACUAUUGGCUUUCUGCUCGCCUUUGCCUACACAGUGUUGUUGUUUUGCUGUCGUCAUAGCGCCAAGCGUCCGUUCUACACCUCCGUCCAUACAAGUACCUUUUAGACAAGGAUUUGCUGUAGGCUAAAAACACACACACACACACGCACACACAUACACAAAUAUACCUGUAGUAUUUUUAAAUUUAGCGCCACAUACAUACAUAUUUAUUAAUAUGUAAUUUUAUUAUAAAAUUUUAAAAAGUUUGUUUUUAGUGAUGAGCUCAUUCUAUACAAGCACACAUACUUUUGUGUGGAGUAUGUUACACACACACACACACAUGCAUAAGUCGUUGGCGCUUUGUACUUAAUUCGAUUUUAAAACUAAGUUUUAACACUCUAACUUUCAAUUUUGUAAAAUUUUAAUAAGAAAACACGAUUUGCAUAAUUUAUAAAAAAUACUUAUUUAUUUAAAUACGAUAUAUAUUUAUUAUUACUGCAUUAAUGCACUCACAUAAUUUUAAAAUAAUUGAUUUCGAAAAAUUUUUUUUUAAUAUUAAAAAUUUGUAGUAUUUAAAAAAAAUAGAUUUUUAAAUUUAAAAAUUGAAAAAAAAAUUAUUUUUAAAUUUUAAAAUUUUUUUUUAUAACCAUUAUGACUACCUUGACUUUGAUAAUUAAUAAUAUACAAAUACAGACAUACAUACACAGAUGUAAAUGCAAAUGUUGUGAAAAUUGAUUACAAAUUCUCGAAAAAAAAUUCUAAAUUUUUUUAAAUAUUUUUACAUUGCAACAUGUGGCAAGUACAAGCUGUUGCCAACCAUUUUGAUAUUAGAAACUUAAAUGAAAAUUAUUUUACAAUGCACACAGACAAAUACAAAUGCAUGAAAUAACUGUUUUGUUAAAGAAAAAAUGCAAAUGGAAAUGCUCAAUAAAUCGCAAAUGAAGUGCAGUUACUAAA